ACGCAUAAAGAGACCAACUAUCUGUCCGCUUUCGAAAUGCAUUUCUAAGGUGAAUAACAAGUUAUUCAACCCCGAUGUUCUUUAGUUCGAGCCAUUUUGAUGAUUAUUUUUUUAACGAAGCUGAUAUUUGAUGACAAAAAAUGCUUUUUUUCGGACAAAAAUCGCAAUUUGUAAAAUAAUCUACUUUCACUUUUGCCACAAGGAAGUUGGCGCAAAUUAAAACAGCCAAACUGGAUGUGGUGAGUAGGCAAUGUCGUGAUGAGCUUCUAAAACAGACUGAUCAUGGAUAUAGAAGAAGAGGAUAGCUGGGACUCCAGAGAGGAUGAAGACGAGAGUUUGUUGAACCAAUCGGAAACUCUCACUAACAAGCAGCGUGGGAAUGAAAUUACAGUACGCCCAGUAUCAUUUGAUGGUCUGGCAAUACAUCAGCUUGCUGCUCAAGGCAAGCUGUCCCAAUUGGAGGCACGGUUAAAUAAAGACAGCUCACUGCUGAACAAACAGGACGAAUGUGGCUUGACUCCUCUUAUGUGGGCAGCGACGUUUGGAGAGAGAGCAGUGGUGGACUUUCUUCUUCAAAAGGGAGCAGACCCCAGAAUGAUCGGGAGGAACAGAGAAAGUGCGCUGACGCUGGCCAGCUCUGGAGGCUAUGUGGACAUCAUUGAGUCUUUACUCAGACAUGGAGUUGAUGUCAACACCUAUGACUGGAACGGUGGGACUCCUCUUCUGUAUGCCGUUCGAGGAAACCAUAUUAAAUGUGUCGAGGCACUUUUAGCCAACGGAGCUGACCUGACCACCGAGUCGGAGUCUGGCUACAGUGCGAUGGCGUUGGCAGUUGCUCUUGGACACAAAAGGAUUCAGAAGGUGUUAGAGGCCCACAUCUUGAGACUCUACAAGCCAGCACAGCGCUAAAAUAAACCGCUAUUGUAGGUAUAAACAAACAGAUGUACAAAAUGCUUGUUUUACAAGGCAGCGUAAGAAAAAUGUUCUAUACUUGGCAACUGUACAGCAAUAGUGCUACACCAGCAAUGACAUUUUUAAAUAAAUGUAUUUUUAUAUGGA